AUUGUGAUGCGCACAUGAACUCUCCACCUCUGCAGCUGUAAAGAAUAAUAUCUAUAUUUGUGUGUCUUUCUGUCGGUUCUGCUCACCAAUGUGUCAUGGAGCUUGAUUGGCGCCUUUCUCACUACUUUCUAUCCCGUUCUGUUUCAGAGGUGGUCUCCAUUAUGUUCUGUUCCUUUUUCACUACUUUCUAUUCCGUUAUCUGUUUCAGAGGUGGUCUCCAUUAUGUUCUGUUCCUUUUUCACUACUUUCUAUCCCGUUAUCUGUUUCAGAGGUGGUCUCCAUUAUGUUCUGUUCCUUUUUCACUACUUUCUAUCCCGUUAUCUGUUUCAGAGGUGGUCUCCAUUAUGUUCUGUUCCUUUUUCACUACUUUCUAUCCCGUUAUCUGUUUCAGAGGUGGUCUCCAUUAUGUUCUGUUCCUUUUUCACUACUUUCUAUUCCGUUAUCUGUUUCAGAGGUGGUCUCCAUUAUGUUCUGUUCCUUUUUCACUACUUUCUAUCCCGUUAUCUGUUUCAGAGGUGGUCUCCAUUAUGUUCUGUUCCUUUUUCACUACUUUCUAUCCCGUUAUCUGUUUCAGAGGUGGUCUCCAUUAUGUUCUGUUCCUUUUUCACUACUUUCUAUCCCGUUAUCUGUUUCAGAGGUGGUCUCCAUUAUGUUCUGUUCCUUUUUCACUACUUUCUAUCCCGUUAUCUGUUUCAGAGGUGGUCUCCAUUAUGUUCUGUUCCUUUUUCACUACUUUCUAUUCCGUUAUCUGUUUCAGAGGUGGUCUCCAUUAUGUUCUGUUCCUUUUUCACUACUUUCUAUUCCGUUAUCUGUUUCAGAGGUGGUCUCCAUUAUGUUCUGUUCCUUUUUCACUACUUUCUAUUCCGUUAUCUGUUUCAGAGGUGGUCUCCAUUAUGUUCUGUUCCUUUUUCACUACUUUCUAUCCCGUUAUCUGUUUCAGAGGUGGUCUCCAUUAUGUUCUGUUCCUUGUCUGCAUUGGGAUAUUUGUCUGUUGUGUUCAGAUGUAGAUUCUUCAUUUUAUUUAGUUUGCUACAGCAGGAAAAUAAUCCUGCAGCAACAGGCAAUGUUCAUUAUGAUGUGGAUUAUA